AUGGCAACCAACUGGCUUUUUACCUUUCUAAAAGUCACGCGAGCCUUUACCAAUGCCCACACAACACUGUCGGUGGACGGCGUGUCGCGCGGCGCCAUUUCCCGCGGCAAGGAGUUCGCGUUCGGCAAGUUCGGGACCAACUCCGACGUGUUCGUGGGGGGGAUACCGCCUUCAUACAACUCGAAGCUUACCACGUUGGCGCUGCCUUCAGUGAUCUUCGAGCCCAAGUUCCGAGGUUCCAUCAGGAACCUGGUGUACUCCGACGUGGUGGGGCAGCCGCCGCGGCGCCAGGAGUUAAGGCACUCCAGGGAUUUGAAGUCAUCCCGGAUCGGUAACGCCAGCGGAGACGCAUGCGAACGCCGGGAUCCUUGCCAGCAUGGCGGCGUAUGCAUCAGCACUGAUGAUGGACCGGUCUGCGAGUGCAGAGACGAAGACUAUGAAGGCGCCUUCUGUGAGAGAGAUAAAGCGCCUUCAGAGGCGACGUUCCGCGGCGCGGAGUUCCUCUCGUACGACCUGACACAGACCGGGGGCGAGCCUAUAGUCAGCACACAGGACACCAUCUCGCUGUACUUCAAGACGCGGCAGCCGAAUGGACUGCUGUUCUAUACUGGUAUGUACACUUAG